AAUGGCAGUUACUGUUGAUGUUGCAAUAGCAGAAGCAACUCCAUAUCCGAAAAAAGAGAGAGAUUGGGAAAUGCCCAAAUCACAAUCCCAACAACAGCCAAACACUUCUCAAUCUCCAACCAUCUCAAAGGAAUUUGGUAUAUUGUUUCUUCGUUGAGCAAGCUUACGGAUGUAACUAACACAAGAAUCUGGGAGCAACUUUGAGUAUUUGGAUUUUUUAUUUUUUAUUUUUCAUCUUGGAAGAAUCACCACAAGCCUAUAAAGAAUGCAGAAUAUAAGCAAUAAAAAGUCGGAGCAAAGUUCUGUUCAUUCAACAUCUCCCUACGUUGUUAGUUAUCCAUCAUGGUGGAAUUCAACUGGAGCCCAGAUUCCACAAUCUUCUAUUUCGAAGAGUUUAAACUUGAGCUUGGAUUCUCAAACACAACAUUGUCAUAGUGUGAAACCAUUAGGCCUUCAAAUGCAAGACCAGGAAUCAUCCUCAACACAGUCGACUGGCCAAUCUCAUCAUGUUGCAGCAGGAUACGAGGAAAAUUAUGGGAAGCAAAACAACGGACAUGCCAAAUCAGUUUUAUCCCUGGGAGCUACUGAUUUUGUCUACCCACCAUCACAAGUUGAUUUUAGCCAGUCAGUUACUCGCAUUCCAUACCCAUAUGUCGAUCCAUACUUUUGUGGGGCAAUAGCUUACGGACCACAGGCUAUUAUUCAUCCUCAAAUGGUGGGGAUGCCACCUGGGCGAGUGCCGCUGCCCCACAACAUGGCAGAAGAUGGGCCCAUCUUCGUUAAUGCUAAGCAAUACCGUGCGAUCCUCAGACGGAGGCAGAUGCGUGCCAAGUUAGAGGCCCAGAACAAGCUCACCAAGAGCCGAAAGCCAUACCUUCACGAAUCUCGGCAUAUCCAUGCAAUGAAGAGGGUGAGAGGAUCUGGCGGGCGAUUCCUCAACACGAAGGAGCUCCAGCAAACCAAGCUCACUCCCAGCUCCGACAACAGCCAGAAGGUCUCAGGUUCGGCCCCGCCGCAGCUGGGAGGCAGUGCAUCGGAAUCUGACGUGCUCCAGUCGGAGACCAGCAGCGUUGGUGGCGCUUCCGCUGCCUGCUCUGAUGUAACAAGCGUCUCGAACAAUGAUGCUGUCUUCCGGCAGCUGGACCUUGGGUUCUCGUCUGGCUUCCAAUCCCACAUGGGUCGGAGCUUGGAACGUGGACCCGGCGGCCACAUUAUACAAAACGGGCCCCACCACCGGGUUUCCGUCGUCCAGUGAGAGAUGUGGGACCGACCCGUCUCGUAUGGGAACCAGGUUUUGAUGACCAUCUGAUGCGUGACAUCUGUCCGUUGGAUGGUGGGACCCAUCUAUAUCUGGUGUUCCAUAGGCAAUUCAUCCUUGGCUUUGAACACACCUUGUUGUAUUUUCAUGUUUGCUUUCUCGUGUCCUGAAAACAGACAUGUAACUGUGGUGAUCUGUUAAGAACUGUGUUGUGUUUCUCUUUCCAGCAAGUGCGUGUUUAAACAGAUCUGUACCGUUCAUCUUUCAGGCCCGGUGGAUGGCCCAUAUAUGAAUAUCACAUCAGUCGGAUAA